AACUUACGGACUUAUUUCCAUCUGUAAAGCUCGUCAGGAGCUCCUCAAUAGGGUUUCAGCCUGCCCUUCCCGUCGGCUCUCGUCUCUUUAGGACUAGCGUGCUCAUAGCCGCACCAUUUCCUGGCUUCUCGUUACAUAAAUUACUUACUAACGGUGCGAAAAGCUCCUCAAAGUUUCGCCCAAAUUUACUAACUUAUACCUGCAGUGCGCUUCCACGCCGUAUUGUGAUUACCUACGGUGCUAGUACCAGGUGCUACCCGGUAUCCGCCAUGCUAGCAUCCCGCAUACCGCGCCCAUCGCGAUGGCGCGCUGCAAUGACGAACCGCACGACGCUCUCCUUUUGGAGCGUAGCCGUCGUGGCGAUCUUGCUGUCCGCCACAUGUACAUCGACAGCCGAUAGUCACUCGUUUUUUGCGAGCCAGCUUACUCCACGCUCCCCUUCCGCGCGCUCGCCUUCCCGGCGAUCGCUUUCGGCGCGCGCGCUAGCGACGGUGGAGAUGGAUACAGUGGCGCCUUUAGAAUCGACGCGCAAGCCACGGCGGUCGCUAGCGACGGUGGAGGUGGAAUCGACCGCGGGGCCCGGCUGUGUUAACGCGUUCCCCGCGAAGCCUCUCUGCAAGUUCGUCGACAGCCUCUUGUCGCGCGCCAUCCCCGUGCUCGACGGCGGCAGCGGCAAGGCUCUUUACAUAGGCGUCUAUCAGACAUACCAGAGGUUCCACCGCGAUCUGCCCGCCACGAAGGUCUACGCGUACGGCACGAGCCAUAAGACCGCGUCGUACCCCGGGCCAACGAUCGUGGCAAAAAAGGGGGUUACCACGCGGGUUACUUGGUGCAACAGGCUGCAGGACCGGCAGCACAUGUUCACCCAGGACUACACCCUCAUGGCGCACAUGCCCAAGCCGAAGAAAGGCGGCAUCCCCACUGUGCCCCACCGCCACGGCGGCGAGACUGCGAGCGCGUACGACGGCCACCCGCUCGCGUGGGUCACUCAGUUCGGCGAGCACGGCCCCACCUUCUCCUCCUCCUCCUCCCACUCCCAUAACUCAUCUCGCUCCGCCGCCUCUUCCUCCUCCCCCUCCUCCUCCUCCACUUCAUCCUCCUCGUGCAACGCAUAUGUGUACCUCAACUUCCAGCCAGCAUCGCUCAGUUGGUACCACGACCACACGCUCGGCUGGACGCGCCUCAACACUGUAGCGGGGAUGGCGGGGUUUUAUAUCACGACAGACAGCAACGGGGAUGAGAGGGGCAUGAAGGGCUGGCUGCCCCCCUGGAAGCGCACCGUGCCUCUGGCGAUCGCAGACCGGCUGUUCUUUAAGAACGGGUCGAUUAACUACCCGAACGUGGGGGUUGAUCCUAAAGUUCAUCCCAACUGGAUUCCGGAGUAUGUUGGCAACACCAUCGUCGUCAACGGCGUGGUCUGGCCGUACCUCAGAGUCCGCCCUGCCGUCUACCGUUUCCUCCUGCUUGGCGCGUCCAACGCUCGCUUCUUCAACCUGCGCUUCCAGUGCGCCAGCCGGGAGGACUACCCCAACUUCGUGCCGCCCUUGCAUGGCAGCACCGUCAACUUCGCCCUCAUAGGCAGCGACGGGGGGUACCUCCAGCGGCCUGUCUCCCUCUCCUCCCUGCUGCUCGCCCCUGGGGAGCGAUACGAUAUUCUGGUGGAUUUUGCCGCGGCGCGCCAGGGUGGUGCGUGCCGGGACGUGAUUGUAACAAAUGACGCACCUGCACCGUUUCCAGGCGGCGAGGCGGUGGAUAAGAACACAGGCGUGGUGAUGCGGUUCGUCAUCCUCAACCGCACUCCCUUCACAGCUCCGGCGAUCCCCAAGAGAAUAGUACCUAUCCCCUCUAUAGACUUCUCGAAGAUACACAGAGUGCGCUGGAAGAAGCUAGUGGAAGAAGUGGACCCUAAGAGCGGAAUGCCAGUGCGGGUCACCCUAGAUGGCCUCCGCUACAUGGACCCACCCACCGAGAUCCCCAUCCAGGGCUCCAACGAGCUCUGGCACAUCAUCAACCUCUCGGCUGAUGCGCACCCCAUUCACCUGCACCUGGUGCAAUUCCGGGUCGUUUCGCGUCGCGCUUUCGACGUCAAGUCGCACCGGAACAACGAGUGCUCGUUGACCAGCAGGAGCAAGCCCUCGUGCUACACUGCGCCGGAGGUUAAAGCCUUCAAAAACGAGAUCGGGUGGAAGGACACGGUGCCGGCAUUCCCAGGAGAAGUGCUCACAUUCUGGGUUGGCUGGUACGGACAGGACGGCAAGCCCUUCGAGUUUGACCCUACCUCUGGCCCUGGCUAUGCGUGGCACUGCCACAUACUGGACCAUGAGGAUAACGACAUGAUGCGCCCACUGAAACUGCGCAAGAAAUAGCCUCUACUACCACUAAUGACAGUGAUGGGUGGGAACCAUGGUGUUCUUACACCUUCAGUGCGAAGCCGCUAAUCCACACUUUCUAACUGUUCUUAUUGUCGACAUAUAUUUUGUAUAUGUUAUAGGCUAGAUAGGUGCAUGCUUAUAUAGAGUACAACACCUUAGGUUAUAUUCCCUUGUACCCCAUCAUUCUUG